AUGAAAACUGUGUUAAUCACCGGAGCUAACCGUGGCCUUGGUCUUGGAAUGGUCAAAUAUCUUAUAAAGGAAAAGAGGACUGAAAAAAUUUUCGCCACUUGUCGAAAUGCUUCCGAGGAACUCACAAAGUUAUCCGAUGAACAUAAAAAUCUUCACGUCUUGCACUUAGAUGUAAAAAAAAUUGAUAGUUUCGCUGAUUUUUCAACAAAAGUUAGUAAAUUACUAAUAAACGACGGCCUUAAUCUUCUUGUGAAUAACGCUGGGGUGACAACCAAAUUUACAAAACUCAAUCUCGUUAAAGAAGAACAGUUGAUGGAGAAUUUUAUGGUGAAUACUGUCGCACCGAUUAUGCUCACCAAGACACUUCUGCCACUUUUAAAACAAGCAGCCGAUGUAAACAGCGACAAACCUAUUGGAGUACACCGGGCUGCGAUCGUAAACAUAAGUUCGGUGCUUGGCUCUAUAUCACAGAAUGAUCAAGGCGGAUUUUACCCAUAUAGAUGCUCAAAAGCAGCAUUAAAUGCAGCAACAAAAUCAAUGAGCCUCGAUCUAAAAAAAGACCAAAUUCUUGUCACUUGUGUACAUCCCGGCUGGGUAAGAACCGAUAUGGGAGGUAAAAACGCACCGCUAGAUAUCGAUACUAGUAUUAAUGGUAUUUUUAACACUCUUUGCAAACUCGGUGAAGCUGACAGCGGAAAAUUUUUGGAAUACAAUGGAAAUGAACUGCCCUGGUAA